AUGUAAAAAUCAACUAUCUCAAAUCAUUUCCAAUCCAUUUCACCUCCUUUUCUUUUAUCUAAGCGUUUGAAAUCUGAAGGACCAGAUUUUUUAACUUAGUUGGAUUAGAAUGCUUAACGAUCCAUCUUGAAAAGGAUGCAACGAAGCGAAAUACAAAUGACAGAGCCGGAUUAAAAACCUACCUUAAAAUAGAAGCAGAACAUUAAAGUACGUCCCAAAGUUAUUCGAACCAAGUAGCCAUCUCUUCCUUAUCUUAAGUUAGAUGAUAAGCAGUAUUAUGAUAAAUGGUAUGUCCCUUAUGAUCAGAGGUAUAUUCAAAAGGUUACUAUGACUUAAGAAUCUUAUUCAGACCCAUUGCACUUCUAUAAAAACAUGCAUAUUGGAAAUGCUUAAUAUGACCCAUUUGAAAUUAAAUUACCAAAAGAAAUUUAGAGAAGCAUUGAAUAUAAAUAGAGAUCAGAAAUCUUAAGAGAUCUGUUAAGAGGUUAGAAAAUGAUUAUUGAAUUCAAGAAAACUUUGGAGCAAAAUUAAUAACGUAUUCCAUAAUUCUUAAAGAAGAUCUUAGAAGAUAAAAAUUAACAAUAAUCUAAAAAAUAAUGA